UUCCAGCUGUUUUUAUUUGGAAUUUGUGUGUCUAAUGAUAAACAUUUUAUUAUUUUUUGUAUUCUUUGUCAAAUGAUAUAUUUAAUUUAAAUUUAAUUAAUAUUAUGAAUCCGCUUCGAGGCAGUUUAGCAAGCAUACCAGGAGCUCUGAGCUCUUUUUUCAGUGAGAGUGCUUCCAGUUUAUUACAGCAAAACAGUUUCAGUAGUAAUGUACCUGGAGCCCAUGAUGACGAUGUUAGCUCUACUGCGUCUCAAAGUGAUAAAUCGUAUCCCAUACCAUCAUCAUUAGUAAAAGAACAAUGGCGAUUAAUCUUUACUUCCGACGCUAAUGUCCAAGAUUUAGAAGCGGCAAUCGCUCAUUGUCGUGACUUGGUUAUGCUCUCAGAUGAGUGUAGUGAAGAACGACGUUGGCUAGUACGUCAUUUAGUGGACUUACGUUACUCCCUAAAAGAGCUACAAUCGGCAGAAUGUGAUCCGUUAGAAAUAGCCCCUCAUGUGAAGACAGUUGUCGGCCAUCACUUUAACGUUCAGCGAAGUGGUCAUAUUGGUGCACGUCAAUAUUGUGAUCAUUGUAGUGGUUUGAUAUGGAGAAUGAUUCAAGCGUGUUAUGUGUGUACUGACUGCAAUUUUAUAGCACAUCAAAAGUGUGUGGACAGUAUAAUUCGAAUUUGUGCGCAUGUAGUAGCAUCGGAACGUCGAUACCCUAUCAAUGAAAUAUGUCCAGAAAUCGGAUUGGCUGCGCAGAGAUACAAGUGUCCUGAGUGUGGAAUCUUACUUAAUUUCAAAAACUCGUGGAUUGAACCUCGUUUGUGCGAUUACAGUGGACUUUAUUAUUGCCCAAAUUGUCAUUGGAACGAUUACAGUAUCAUACCCGCGCGCGUUGUUCACAAUUGGGAUUUUACACAAUGCAAAGUGUCGCGUGCAGCGCUUCAAGAAAUAAAUCUAUUUUACGAAAAACCUUUGAUAAAGCUAGAGGAAGCUAAUCCAAAAUUGUUUGUAUUUUUGGAGAAACUGGGUACUGUCAAGAAGUUGCGCCAAAACUUAUUCUAUAUGAGAAAAUAUUUGCUGGAAUGCCGUUCAGCAACUGAAGAAAAACUUCUGGAUAAGCAAAUUGCUAAUCAUCUUAACAACGAAAAUAUUGGAGCGAAUGAAUCUCGUCGCCAUCUUAUACAAUCCACCGAAUUUUAUUCAAUAAGUGAUCUAGAGCUAAUUGAAAAGGGUAUUUUAGUAGAUUAUUUGCAAAAAGUGUUUAACGUUUUUGAUCAGCAUAUACGGAGUUGUGAAUUGUGUCGCGCCAAGGCUUAUAUAUGUGAGAUUUGCGACAAUAAUGAAGUGAUAUUCCCUUUCGAUGAUGGUUGUAUUAUGUGCAUUAAAUGUAAUUCUAUCUACCAUCGUGUUUGCAUGACACGAAAAAAUAUGUCAUGCCCGAAAUGCUUACGUUUGCAAGAGAGGAAAUCUCUUUUGACGAUUGAAAACGCUGAUGAUGUAAGUGAUAAAGAGGAUAUGUAGUAGUUUAAGCUUUUAAAAUGGUUGAAGUUUUAAAUACAUUUGUAUAUUUUUUUAACUAUA